ACAGCAAUUUCUAUUGCAGCCACAUUAUUAUUUGUGUGCAUUGUUGUCCACUCUUCAAUUCAGUGCAUUUUAUAGUAGGGCUCAUUAUGAGAUCACAGGUUGGGACGAUGACGGCUCGAUUGUACUGCUCAUUGAUUGUGGUUUUAUGUUGUCUUUCUGGAUACUUGAGCACAACAGAUGGUACUCAAGGACAAACUGCAGCAAAGCCAGGAGAGUGUCCACCUCAAACAUCUGGAAGCUUGUUUAAUGGGUCCUGUAACAGUGACUCUGACUGUCCCAACGAUGAGAAGUGCUGUGGAAGUGGACAUUACUGUACAGCUCCUUAUACAGUGAAGCCGGGUCAGUGUCCCAAACCGCAGAGCGUUCCAGAAUGUGCUGACAUCUGUUUCUAUGAUGGCCAGUGUCCUGCCACACAGAAAUGUUGCCCAACCACCUGUGGCCAUGCAUGUAGUGAACCAAGUGUUCAGGAAAGUGAUCAGGAAAGCAGUCCGCAAAGUGGUCAGGGAAGUGGUCAGGGUAGCGGUUAUGGUCAGGGAAGCGGAUAUGGUUAUGGUCAGGGAAGUGGUUAUGGUCAGGGAAGUGGUUAUGGUCAGGGAAGUGGUUAUGGUAGUGGUCAGGGUAGCGGUUAUGGUCAAGGAAGUGGUUAUGGUCAGGGAAGUGGUUAUGGUAGUGGUCAGGGUAGCGGUUAUGGUCAGGGAAGUGGUUAUGGUAGUGGUCAGGGUAGCGGUUAUGGUCAGGGAAGUGGUUAUGGUAGUGGUCAGGGUAGCGGUUAUGGUCAAGGAAGUGGUUAUGGUCAGGGAAGUGGUUAUGGUAGUGGUCAGGGUAGCGGCUAUGGUCAAGGAAGUGGCUAUGGUCAGGGUAGUGGUCAGGGAAGCGGAUAUGGUCAAGGAAGUGGUUAUGGUCAGGGAAGCGGAUAUGGUCAAGGUCAGGGUAGUGGUCAGGGAAGCGGUUAUGGUCAGGGACAGGGAAGUGGUCAGGGUAGCGGUCAAGGUAGUGGUCAGGGAAGCGGAUAUGGUCAGGGUAGUGGUCAGGGAAGCGGUUAUGGUCAAGGACAGGGAAGUGGUCAGGGUAGCGGUCAAGGUCGUGGUCAGGGUAGCGGUCAAGGUCGUGGACAGGGAAGUGGUCAGGGUAGCGGUCAAGGUCAGGGACAGGGAAGUGGUCAGGGACAGGGAAGUGGUCAGGGUCGUGGACAGGGUAGCGGUCAAGGUAGUGGUCAGGGAAGCGGAUAUGGUCAGGGUAGUGGACAGGGUAGCGGUCAGGGAAGCGGUCAGGGUAGUGGACAGGGAAGCGGUCAAGGUCAGGGACAGGGUAGCGGUCAGGGAAGCGGACAGGGAAACGGUCAGGGUAGCGGUCAGGGACAGGGUAGCGGUCAGGGAAGUGGACAGGGUCGUGGACAGGGUAGCGGUCAGGGUAGCGGUCAAGGUCAGGGACAGGGUAGCGGUCAGGGUCGUGGACAGGGAAGCGGUCAGGGUAGCGGUCAAGGUCAGGGAAGUGGUCAGGGUAGCGGUCAAGGUCGCGGACAGGGAAGUGGUCAGGGACAGGGAAGUGGUCAGGGACAGGGAAGUGGUCAGGGAAGUGGUCAGGGUCGUGGACAGGGAAGCGGACAGGGUAGCGGUCAAGGUCAGGGACAGGGUAGCGGUCAGGGAAGUGGACAGGGUAGCGGUCAGGGUCGUGGACAGGGAAGCGGUCAAGGUCAGGGACAGGGAAGCGGUCAGGGAAGUGGUCGGGGUAGUGGUCAAGGUCAGGGACGGGGUAGCGGUCAGGGUCGUGGACGGGGAAGCGGUCAGGGUCGUGGACGGGGUCGCGGACAGGGUCGUGGUCAGGGUCGCGGACAGGGAAGUGGUCAGGGUAGCGGUUAGGGACAGGGUGGCGGUCGUGGACAGUGAAGCGGUCAGGGAUGUGGACGGGGUCGUGGAUGUGGGAGACGUGGUAAUUGAAAUGGUCCUGGGCAUUUUGCAUAAUACUUGGAGGAGAUCUCUUCAAUUCAGUGCUUUAUUCAUAUGGCAGGUUUUCCCUGUUUGCUUAAACGGUUUGGAAAGCUUUCUGGUCUGUAUCCCCAGCAGCCUCAAAUAAAUAAAAAUUAUCUGAA